UUUAUGAGGAGGAACUCUGUUGCUCUACCCUUUGUCUAAGCGUCGUGUUAGUCUCUUCCUCUUGACUGAAACGCGCUGUAGCGCGUGCCGGAGUUUGGUGCGUAAUGGACACCCAUCCAUCCUUUCUACUCUUGCCUCCUCCUCAUUGUUCUCCGUGUUCCUGGCAUGCUGGGCUGUCUCCCGAGUCCAGAGAGAGGAGGAGACAAAGCCAGAGAUGACAAUAAAUCGUCUGAGUCACCAUCUGAGGGAGAGACAGAGGGAGUGAGAACGACUUCGUGUCCUUUACGCAUGUUAUGAGCACUUUCAGAGACGCUUGUCGUGCGUCCUGGCGCAUCCAGUGAUUAGAGGUUUCCAAAGUACAGCGGAAUAGUAAAUGACUGUAUUUCAGUUUAUCCGUGUUUGGAAUUAAAUGUGGCAGCUUCCCUGUAGUUUUGGAGCAGGUGCUUUUUCCCGCUAACCGUUUGUCUCUCGGUGCAUCACUGACAGAAAUGUCGGGUCAGAAACCGUCGUUGAAGAGCGACGACUCCGCGCAGAGCCGCUUUCAAGUGGAUGUGGUGAUGGAGGCAUCAUCUGCAGCUCCCGGCCCGGCUGCCCCCUCUGCUCCGGCAUCCACUGAUGGAUCCAGACCUCCCGAGGAGUCCAAGGGCCGGUUCAGGGUGGUGGGCUUCAUGGAUUCGGGCGCGAUGGACAUUGGACUCCCACCUGAUGUCUCCCAUGAGCCGGACACGGCAAAUAGCGACUCAGUCAGCCUCCAUUCAACUGGCACGGGGCACACUCACAUCUCUGACUCCCACUCCAACACCUACUACAUGAGGACCUUCGGACACAACACUAUAGACGCCGUGCCUAACAUUGACUUCUAUCGGCAGACAGCCGCGCCAUUUGGGGAGAAGUUGACCAGACCGUCGCUGUCGGAGCUACACGACGAACUCGAUAAGGAGCCCUUUGAGGAUGGUCUGGCCAAUGGAGAAGAACCAUCGGCAGCUGAGGAAGCGGCAGCACUGGCAGCGAAGGAGGCCAAAGGAGGAAGUGUCAAAUUUGGUUGGGUUAAAGGAGUCCUGAUCCGCUGCAUGCUGAAUAUCUGGGGUGUGAUGCUCUUCAUCAGAAUGUCCUGGAUUGUGGGACAGGCUGGAAUUGGACUGACCAUUGGUAUCAUCUUGAUGGCCACUGUGGUCACCACCAUCACAGGUCUGUCUACAUCUGCUAUAGCGACCAACGGCUUUGUACGAGGAGGAGGAGCAUACUAUCUGAUCUCCAGAAGUCUGGGGCCUGAAUUUGGAGGCUCCAUCGGUCUUAUCUUUGCCUUCGCCAAUGCCGUAGCUGUGGCCAUGUAUGUCGUAGGCUUUGCAGAGACAGUCGUUGAGUUGCUCAAUGACGUUGAUGCCUUGAUGACUGAUGAGCUCAAUGACAUUCGUAUCGUUGGGACUUUGACCAUCAUCUUGUUGUUGGGAAUCUCUGUAGCUGGGAUGGAGUGGGAAGCCAAGGCUCAGAUUGUCCUCCUUGUGAUUCUGCUGGCAGCCAUUGUUAACUUCUUCUUUGGAUCCUUCAUGCCAUCAGAAAGCAAAGAGCCUAAAGGAUUUUUCGGAUACCGCACGGCCAUCCUUUUAGAGAACUUUGGUCCAGAAUUCAGAGAUGGGGAGACGUUUUUCUCCGUAUUUGCCAUUUUCUUCCCCGCAGCUACUGGAAUUCUGGCUGGAGCCAACAUCUCCGGAGACCUAACCGUGGGUUUUUCAUCUUUAAGUAAAAGUUUUCUAUACAUGUCACUUUACCGAUUACUGAUCUACAUUUGUGUCCUGGUUGUGCCUCCUGCAGGCUCCUGUAUUGUGAGAGAUGCAACUGGUGACCACAAUGACACAGUGAGCCCCACAGUGAACUGCACCGAUGCUGCCUGCACGCUCGGCUAUGAUUUUUCCAUCUGUAAGGAGGGAGGCUGUCCAUUUGGCUUGAUGAAUGACUUCCAGGUUAUGAGUCUGGUGUCGGCCUUCGGUCCUCUGAUCACCGCGGGGAUUUUCUCAGCCACUCUGUCGUCAGCUCUGGCCUCGCUCGUCAGUGCACCCAAAGUCUUCCAGGCUCUCUGUAAGGACAACAUCUAUCCUGGACUUAGUGUGUUUGCAAAGGGUUAUGGCAGGAACAAUGAGCCGCUCCGUGGUUACGUUCUGACCUUCUGCAUUGGUCUUGCCUUCAUCCUGAUUGCGGAGUUGAACAUCAUUGCUCCAAUCAUCUCCAACUUCUUUCUGGCCUCGUAUGCUCUCAUCAACUUCUCAGUUUUCCAUGCCUCCCUGGCCAGCUCUCCAGGGUGGCGCCCCAGCUUCAAAUACUACAACAUGUGGGUAUCCCUUGCCGGGGCGAUCCUGUGCUGCGUGGUGAUGUUUGUCAUUAACUGGUGGGCGGCCCUUGUUACGCUGCUCAUUGUCCUCGCGCUCUACAUCUACGUCAGUUACAAGAAACCUGAUGUGAACUGGGGUUCAUCCACUCAGGCUCUGAUCUACAACCAGGCUCUGACUCACUGCCUGAACCUCACCGGAGUCGAGGACCACGUUAAAAACUUCAGGCCGCAGUGUUUGGUGUUGGCGGGUUAUCCAAACGCUCGACCCGCUCUGCUUCAGUUGGUGAAUUCUUUCACCAAGAACGUCAGCCUCAUGGUCUCCGGCCACGUCAGAACUGUGUCCCGUCGGUCGAACUUUAGGGAGCUAUAUCAGGAUUAUGCCCGCUGUCAGCGCUACCUCAACAAAAAACGCAUCAAGGCUUUUUAUGCUCCUGUUUUUUCAGACAACUUGAGGCACGGAGCUCAGUUACUCCUGCAGGCUGUUGGUUUAGGUCGUCUGAAACCCAACACGCUGGUCAUGGGUUUCAAGAACAACUGGAGUGAUGGAAACAUGAGAGAUGUGGAGAAUUACAUCAACACUAUACAUGAUGCCUUCGACCUUUUGUUUGGUGUGGUAAUCCUGCGGCUGCAGGAAGGACUGGAUAUUUCUCACAUCCAGGGACAAGACGAACUGCUAUCAUCCCAUGAGAAGCCUCCAGUCAUCACUAAGGAUGUGCUGAUUUCUGUCAUUCCGGCUAAAGACUCCGAUUCUGACUCCUGUCCUUCAAAAACCACCAGCAACCAGAGCAGCCCGCUCAUCACGAGAGAGACCAAGUCUCCUCUGAGCCUGACCGACCAGCGUCUGUUGGAGAGCAGUCAGCAGUUUAAGAAGAAACAGGGCAAAGGAACCAUUGAUGUGUGGUGGCUCUUUGAUGAUGGAGGCCUGACUCUGCUGAUCCCCUACUUGCUGACCAACAGGAGUAAGUGGGGCGACUGCAGGAUCCGCGUGUUCAUCGGCGGAAAGAUUAACCGCAUCGACCACGACCGCCGAGCGAUGGCCACGCUGCUCAGCAGGUUCAGAAUCGACUUCUCUGACAUAAACGUCCUCGGUGACAUCAACACCAAACCCAAGAAACACAAUAAGCUGACCUUUAAGGAGCUGAUCGAGCCGUACAGGCUGAAGGAAGACGACAUGGAGCAGGAGGCUGCUGAGAGGCUGAAGGCCCAGGAGCCCUGGAGGAUCACUGACAACGAACUGGAGCUCUACAAGGCCAAGACCAAUCGUCAGAUCAGGCUGAACGAGCUGCUGAAGGAACACUCCAGCACUGCCAAACUCAUCGUCAUGAGCAUGCCUUUGGCAAGAAAGGGCACAGUGUCGAGCGCCCUCUACAUGUGCUGGCUGGAAACUCUGUCCAAAGACCUCCCACCACUGCUGCUGGUGCGAGGAAACCACCAGAGCGUCCUCACCUUUUACUCCUAACACACACACACACACACACACACACACACACAGAGUUAUAUACCUACUCUGCUCACGCACAAACAUAAAGUGUGUCCUGCUCUCCAUAUUUAUUACAGUAUGAGAAAGCCUCCGUCUGCACAAAAACAGAAACGUCGUCGUGCUUUAAGCUUGUGAAACUGUCCAGCUGUGAAGGGAAAAAUUAUUAGGACUAAUAUCUUUUUCCACUUGUCUUAAAUCGAUUGUUUUUAACAUGUUAAUUAAACUCAGUCAACAGAUUUGACCAUAACACUAACAGGUUGCUUGUUCCGUUUCCUCUGUGAGUUUUAUGUGAAUGAGAGUAACUACAGGUAAAUUCAUGUAAAAGUUUAUUUAUAAGGAUAAAAGUUUGGAUUUGAGAAUGUAAGCUUCUGUGAUUAUAAAAUGACGUUUUUAUGGUUUUUCCCCACUGGGUUCACAAAGAGAGAUGCUCCAUCUUUGUUAACUUUAUUUUGUACUUUAUUUUAAUAAAGGAUUAACUAAAACAUA